AUGUCUCGCCCAAUUGAGCCAUUGAAAGAGAUCAAUGAUUCAAAAGAUUUAUGGAAGAUCGCUGUUAGAUGCAAACAUCUAUGGACUGUCACAAGUUCUUCAAACAAAGAACACAUGGAGAUGCGUGAUAUGAUUCAGCCUGUUGUCCCUUCUUAUUUGCUUUCGAAAUUCAAAUCUGAAAUUGAAACAGGAAACUCUUAUAUCAUGCAAAAUUUUAAAGUUGGGAAGAAUGAUUUUGCUUUUAAGUCGACAAAUUAUACAUACAAAUUGGUUUUUUGUGGGUCAACUUUUGUUAAGAAAGCAGAAUUUCCUGACAUCCCUCAUAACUACCUUAACAUUAUUGGUUUGAAUUCCAUAGUUGAAGGAAGGUUUCAAUCAAAUGUUUUGGUUGAUGCCAGCAAAACAGUUGUACAAUGUACUCUUUGGGGGCAACUUGCGGUUCAGCUAUAUGAGUAUUAUAAGAAUAAUAAGCAAGCCUCUGAUAUUGUCAUUGUGCUAAUCAAUGCAAGGGUUAAAGAGGCUCAAGUUGUAACUGUUUCUUCAAUUUCUUGUGAUUCAGGAGGAUUUCCAGUUAGUGUUUCCAACACAUGGAAUGGAACCAAACUACUUGGUGUUGAUUUGCUUUUGUUAUCGUCUUCAAGUGUACAAGUUGAGGCAACGCAAAACUCAUUUUAUUCUGACUAUGACAAAUUUGUUUGGAAGGCUGAAAUAAUGAGUCUCUCUGAAAUAGAAAAUAUGCAACAUGAAACAACCUGUGUUACCGUUGCUACCCUCGAUAAGUUUGAUGCUGGGCAGAUGGAGUGGUACUAUGAUGGAUGUGUGGAAUGCACAAGGAGUGUGAAUGCCAAGGAUGGAAAGCUGAAGUGUUUUAAGGAGCAUAUUAGCCCAGAACCUGUGCCACAGUAUAAUCUUGAUAUAACAGCUGUUGAAGGCAGUUCGAAGGCAAAGUUCGUCUUUUGGGACACAGACUGCGUGAAGUUAAUUGGGAAGUCUGCUCUUCAAAUGAAGAUGGAUUUAACACAGUCUGUUGAUUACGAUCCACUUGAGUUCCCUUACGAACUUGACUCCAUAUUGAAAAAAGAAUUGGCAAUUAGAGCUGUUUAUCAGCCUAAAAAUGGGCGACUUUCUGUCAUUGGCUUCAAAACUGAUGAAGAUGUGCGUAAUAAAAUUAAGGAGAGUUUCAAAUUUGAAGAGGAACCUAUAUCUACAUCUGCAGAAAAUGACCUGACCAUUGAAAAUUCAGGAUUCACUCCAUGUAAGAGACUUAUCAAUGAUGCAGUGGAAGAUAAUGAUAGUGUACAACAAUCAUCAACCAAGAUGGCCAAAGAUAUAAAACAGGAGAAAUAUUUUAAAGGUGAUUUUCCAAAGUUUUCAGUUUCAAGUGUUCAAGUUACUGCAUCACAAAAUUCAUACUACUCGGACUAUGAUAAAUUUGGAUUGAAAGCUGAUAUAUUUGGAGCAGAAGAGCCAUCAUCGCCAGACGAUGUCCCAAGUGUUUCGGAACCUCUGUCUGUCUCAGUCGAUUAUGAACCUUCUGUCUCAAAUACUAAUUUGACACCUUCUAAGGAAAUUUUAAGUGAUGUUGUUGAGGAUAUUGAAGUUGUCCAGCUUUCGUCGACAAAGUUAAUCAAAGAUAUCAAGAAGGACGAAUAG